AUGGAUCCGCUCAGGGCCCAGCAGCUGGCCGCUGAGCUAGAGGUGGAGAUGAUGGCCGAUAUGUAUAACAGAAUGACCAGUGCCUGCCACCGGAAGUGUGUGCCUCCCCACUACAAGGAAGCAGAGCUGUCCAAGGGCGAGUCUGUCUGCCUGGACCGGUGUGUCUCCAAGUACCUGGACAUCCACGAGCGGAUGGGAAAGAAGUUGACUGAGCUGUCCAUGCAAGACGAAGAGCUGAUGAAGAGGGUACAGCAGAGCUCUGGGCAUGCGUGA